UUGUGUAAUCAUUGAUUAAUUUCGAAAGCAAUUUUGAGUACCAGUUGAUUAUAUAUAUAUAUAUAAUGCUGCGAUUAUUGUUAUUGUGCUCAUGUAUUGUGUUCAUAGGUACCUCGCCUCUUCACAAAGAACAUUUUACUUUGCAUGUUGGUCAUGUUAAUGAUUUUCAUGCAAGAUUCGAUGAAACAAAUAAUUAUGGUGGAUCCUGUAAAAGUAAAAAAUGUAUUGGAGGUUUCUCACGACUCUACUCUGAACUAAUUAAAUUAAAAAAAAAUGAUCCUAAUGUAAUUUUACUGAAUGCGGGUGAUAAUUUUCAAGGAACAUUUUAUUAUUCCUUUUACAAAUGGAAUAUUACUCAACAUUUUAUGAAUAAAAUUCCCUUCGACGCUUAUACUCUGGGAAAUCAUGAAUUUGACGAUGAAAUCAAAGGAGUUGUUCCUUUUAUACAGUCUCUGAAAGCUCCAACCGUAGUUUCAAAUAUUGACGAUUCGCUGGAACCCACAUUUCAGCACAUAUACACGAAAAGCGUUGUUAUAGAAAGAAACGGCAAGAAAAUCGGAAUCAUUGGCGUCACAACUGACACACUUCCGAGCAUUGCAAAGUCGGGGAAACUGAAACUUCAAGAUGAAUCUGAAAGCGUGAAUAAGGAGGCAAAACGGCUUGUGGAGGUUGAAAAAGUUUUUACAAUUAUAGUUUUGUCUCACUGUGGCUUCGACCACGAUCAACGUAUCGCCAAAAAUGCUCCUGAAAAAGUUAGUUUAAUUGUUGGCGGCCACACGCAUACAUUUUUGUAUUCGGGAGCAACAAAACUUGGUCCUGACGAGGUUCAAGGACCUUAUCCUACUGUUGUAAAAAGAAAAGAUGGUAAAAGUGUGUUAAUAACUCAAGCAUCUGCUUUUUGCAAAUAUUAUGGAAAUAUAACUGUGUCUUACGAUAAAUUUGGAGAAAUGGUUAAAUGGGAUGGGGCACCUGUUUUCUUAGAUACAACUGUUCCACAAAGUCAGGAAAUAAAUAAAGAGUUGGAUGCUUGGAGAGCUGGACUCGUAGCAAUUGGUCAAAAAGUUUUAGGAUCCACCACAAAAUUGAUGAAUAACGAAGAAUGUUAUUACAAAGAAUGUACCCUAGGAAAUAUUAUAACCGAUGCAUAUAUCCACUAUUAUUCAAAUAAAAAUACAUCGUACCCAUUAAUCGCUGCAGUGAAUGCAGGUGGAAUAAGGAGCACAAUACCUGCAGGAAACAUCACUUAUGAGGAUAUUAUCACAAUAAGACCCUUUGGUGAUGAUAUUUAUAUAAGCGAGAUUCAAGGAAAUUUUAUCAAAGAAAUGUUGGAAGCUACAACUAUUAUUUACGAUUUUUCGGUAGGAAAGUCUAGUAUUCGUUUAUUGCAAGUUUCUGGUUUGAAAUAUGUAAUAAAUAUGCUUAAUUCUGAGGGAUCCCGAGUUAUUUCAGUAAAAGUUUUAUGCAAUAAUUGUUCAAUACCUAAAUACGAAGAUCUAGACUACAAUAAAACCUAUCGUAUAAUAUUAAGUAGUUUUUUAGUGUUUGGUGGAGACAAUUACAUUAAAAUGAGAACGCACUUGAAGAAUUCUAUUGUAGGGGAUAAUGAAAUCGACGUUUUGACAAAAUACUUGAUGGAUAAGUCACCCUUGUCGCCGAAAGAAGAAGGUCGCGUAAAUGUUAUAGGACUGGAAGAAGCGAUCAAAACGAGAAAAGAAAAACAUAAGAUUAUUUAAAAUUAUAAUUACAAUAAAUUUAAUUGUUAUAAUAUCCUAAAGUACCCUUGUUAUCAAUUCCAAAUAAAAGAAAGAAAUAAAUAAAUUAUUGACAUGAUAAGAAACUUUGUAG